AUGUCGUCCGAGCGCCCUGCUGUUGUUUCCGACGAUGCUAUUCGGGAGGAAACUCGUAUGGAUCAGGCGUUAGUUCCACCGUCACCACCAAGCAAGGAAGGCGACCCAUUCUCGUCUCAUGAAGGAAGUCCACGACGCCCAGCAGCUCAGAUAAACACGUCUGCACCACAGAAUCCAGCCCAUUUGUCCGCGAAUGUAUCUGCCUCAAGGUCUAUCGAAGAGAAGCAGGGCGAUGAAAACAGUUUCAACAGCUUCCAGAAUCAUCCAAAUCGUGGCAAUAAUUUUAACCAGGGAAUUGGUGGCGGCCUCCCUCUGCCACCUCUGAACACCAGGCAAUAUGAAGCGACUCAGGGAGUUCGCCGAACGCGAACGAUGGACACGCGGAUUUCUUUGAAUGACAACGGCAACCAGAGAAAAUCAGCAAUUGAUUGGAUUGUGCCAUCAGUGGAGACAAAACCCAUUACUCUUGGACAACGCCUCCAACCGACAAUUGACGUAGCAGUCAGGGAGAGGGACAAAUACGCAGCGAAGGCGCAAUGGACUGGAUAUGCUCUAAACGUGGCUAUAGGACUACAAGUGCUACUCGGUUCGCUUACAACGGGAUUAUCAGCCGUGGCUACCUCUGGCUCUGGGAGAUCUGCGGCUGUGUCGACAACUAUCCUCGGUGCACUUGCGACAAUGGUUGCUUCAUAUUUGGCACGCGCUAGAGGUUCGAAUGAACCUGAACUAUCGAUAACCCGGGUCAAGGACUUGGAGCAGUUCAUCCGAGAGUGCGAAUCUUUUAAAAUGGAUCAUGGAGAUACCACUGGACACGAACACGACCAAGAAUUAGAAGAGAAACGCAGGCGGUUUGAAGAGCUUUUAGGGAAUGCAAAUGGGGAACGCAAGUUAUCGCCCCCAGUCUGA